AUGCGUCCGUCCACUUCGCCUCCGAGCACCCUCGUGGACGCCGCCACGUGCGUGUGGAACCAGUACUACCCCGACGACCACAACAUCGGUGUCCGCCAGCCGGGUGAGACCCGUUCUGUGCACUAUUAUAGCCCUAUCAGCGACACCGAUGGCCGCUUCCAAGCCGCCGUGACCUUCCUCAACUGUUUCCGACACGGCGAACAAUGGGCUCCGUUGCUCCAAUGUGACUUGACGCAGGCGAACGUGACGGUGGUGUGGCUGCACUAUCAGGAGCUCAUUCGGACUGGAACAAAGGACUUUGAGCGAGCAAUGACGGAAAACAUUGAAGACGUGCUGCUUUGCAUGGGCAUCGCGCUGUGCAUGCGGCGGCACGAGCUUCGCCUGGAGGCAGAAGAAGACGCCGCGAGGAAGCGGAACGUGCUCGUUGAUCGCACCAAGAUCACGGUUCGGUUGCACGGCGUGACGCCGGUGCUGCCCAUUGCUGCGGUGAAAGCAGAACUGGUGCACCAGUUUGUCAGUGUUGUUGGCACGGUCGUACGAGUGAGCGCUAUCAAGCCACUCGUCACGAGGUGCGACUUUGUGUGUGCGAAGUGCAACGAAGCGACGUCGAGAGCCUUCCCCGAGGGAAAGUUCACUCCUCCGCAGGGGUGUGAGCAUUUGCCGUGUCGAGGUCGGACGCUGCUACCGAACCGGUCGUCGGUGGAUACAGUCGAUUACCAGAAGAUCAAACUGCAGGAGAUCGAAGCCACAGAUGUUGGGCCUGGCCGUGUACCGCGAAUGAUUGAGGUGGAAUUGUACGAGGACCUUGUGGACUCUUGCAUUCCUGGUAACGUCGUGACGAUCUCAGGCAUCGUGAAGAGCGUCAACUCAGAAAUCCACGGAGGAAGGUAUGGCAAGCGUGCGCAAGCAAACAGCCUGUAUAUACUGUACAUCAGCGCCAACUCCGUCGAAAACUCGGCAAAGGCGGACAAAGACAAAGCUUCGGACAUUGAUUUUGCCAAAGAAGACCUCGAACAGAUUAGCAGUAUCAUCAAUCAGGGCGACGUCUUCGACCGGCUUGUCCAUUCCCUGUGCCCCGGCAUUUAUCGCAACGACAUCGUGAAGGCUGGUCUGAUCCUGGCGUUGCUCGGAGGAACUCGGAACUCGGAUGACAAAGACACGCCAUGCGUGAGCAGAGCAGAUUCGCACGUGCUAGUUGUUGGCGAUCCUGGUCUGGGCAAAAGUCAGAUGCUUCGGGCUGUGUCCAUGGUUGCGCCACGAGCUGUGUACGUGGGUGGAAACACCACUACCACGACGGGGUUGACUGUCACAAUGGUGAAAGACGGAUCCGGCGACUACGCGCUGGAAGCCGGUGCCCUCGUUCUCGCCGAUCAGGGAGUUUGCUGCAUCGACGAGUUUGACAAAAUGGGGAUCGACUACCAGGCCCUGCUCGAAGCGAUGGAGCAGCAAAGCAUCAGUAUUGCAAAGGCAGGUAUCGUGUGCAACCUCAACGCUCGGACGUCCGUCAUUGCCGCUGCCAAUCCCAGCGGCGGUCACUACGACCGCAGUCAGUCGGUGCGAGAGAACCUGAAAAUGAAAGCUCCGCUCUUGUCUCGCUUCGACCUCGUUUUCAUCCUGCUGGACCGGCCGGACGAAGAACGAGAUCGGCUGUUGUCGGAGCACGUGAUGAACUCUCACGCACGUGGCGCGCGAAAGUCGAGGAAGCGCGUGCGCGACGACUGUGCGCCAACGAGUUCAUGGAAGUCGAGCAGACACGCCAACACACUGCCGUCAAGCAAUUACGAACCAGCCGCCGAGUCUGAUCACCGCAUUCUAUCGCACCGUCUCCGUCAGAACGCGUCCGAGUUCAGCAUCGACCCCAUACCCCUCUACUUUGUGCGCAAGUUUAUCGCGUACGCUCGUCGAUACGUGCACCCACGUCUAUCGCCUGAGGCUGCGACUGUGCUGCAGCAGAAGUAUCUGGAGCUGCGUGCAGCAGGUGAGGGCGAGCAGAACUCGGGGGACAGCAUCCCGAUCACCACACGGCAGCUCGAGUCGCUCAUCCGUCUCUCGCAAGCGCGCGCUCGAGCGGAACUCGCUGAGACCGUCUCGGUCGAGCACGCCCGAGAUGUCGUUGACAUCCUGCAGGACUGUUUGCGCGACACGUGCGUCCCUGAAGACAGCAGUCUCGACUUUGGCCGCAGCGGAGGCAUGAGUCUGGCCAAGAAGGUGAAAGCGUACGUCGCACGGCUCAUGAAAGCGGCAGCCCGACGCAACACGAGCCUGUUCUCCAUGGACGACCUGGUCCAAGUGGCCGACAGCAUGGCGCUCAAGGUGGACGACUUUCGAGACUUCGUGGACAUCCUGCGCAACGAGUGUUACUUGCUGAAGAAAGGCCCGGGACAGUACAAAGUGCAAACAUCGUCGUACAACAUGAUGUGA